AUGGCGAGGAAUAUUUUACCCAUUUGGCUGGGCAGUGCAAGAGCAGCUCAGAAGAAGCUGUAUGAGAUUAACAUCGGUCUAGUGAGAAUAAAGCUCUUUCUGGCAACUGAAGAAACACUUCUACAUUGCGGUUUUAUCCCUGACUUCAUCAUGAGAUUGUUUCGGGUUUCACAACAUCUGCUGGUGUUCAUAUCAGUCAUGUCACUGACCAGAGCACAAACAACAUCUGCACCAACAACAACAGAAGAAACCACUACAUUGGCAACCACAUUAGUUACAACAGAAACUACAACACCACCACCACCAACAACAGCAGAAACUACCACCAGAGUGGAAUCCACCACAACAGGCAUUACAGCAGCACCUGCACCAACAACACUGUCAAAAACCACCACAUCAACCACCACAAUCUCAACCACCACUGCAACAACAACUCCAUGGGCAGCACCGGCGAUAUUUUAUCCAUUCGGCACAGAUGAAGGAGACACAGAAAUUAUUGAAACUGGUUCCGAAACCUACGGAUUUGUUACCUUCUCCACUCCGUUUGUGUACUUUGGCCGGAAGUACAACACUACAUACGUUAAUAAUAACGGACUCAUUACAUUCACCCAACCUUUACCAGAAGUUCAUCCUCCUUACCCUUUUCCCACAUAUGGAAAUGAGGAUUACAUUGCUCCGCUCUGGACCGAGCUUGAUGAAGUUGGUAUAGGUAGAUACUCGUAUCAGCAGUACACCAGUGGAAGUGUCCUCACUCGCGCCACUCAGGAUAUAAACCAGUAUUUCCCUGGAAGGGGCUUCUCUGCUUCUUGGGUCUUUGUUGUAACGUGGGACUAUGUGCUAACAUGGGAUAUUAAUGUAUUUAACAGUCACGCAGGCCCGGCAAUUACUUUUCAAGCAGUUUUAAUGUCAGGUGGUGGUUUUUCGUUCAUUUUAAUGCAUUAUGGUGACUGUGCUGGGGAGCAAUAUGCAGCUCAGGCUGGAUACGACACAAUAGGCUCCACGGACUACUAUCAAAUUCACCAUAAUCCAAAUGAUGGCUACUCCAUCCCAAUCCUCAACACCUUGACUAAUGUAGGCAUUCCGGGACGUUGGGCCUUUCUUGUGAACAACGGAUCAGAAAUCGUCAUGGGAGUUCAAAUGAAGCUUGAGUCGUUUUCAGACCUAACACAGAGUGGAAAGAUCGAGGUUGUUUUGCAUCAAAUCAAACAAGAGCUGAUCAAUCAUGGAGUGUCAAGUAACUUUGAGCUGAAGUUAAGAAAAGUCAAAAAGACACAGAUGUAACACAUGGAUGGGAAUUAAAACUCUGAUUGUCAGUGACGUUGAAGAUGUAGAAACUGAUAAAGAGAGGAAUGUCAUUACACAGGAAGGGAACGUGUAUAUUUUCUCACUCUACAACGUCAGUUUUUUUUAAACACAUCUAAUAACUAAAACGCAACCAUGAUUUAGCACUAAUGAAGAAAUAAUGUAUGAAAAAUGAAUUAUAUACCAUGUUCAUUUAGCUAGAAUAAUCAUUGCUUUUCCUUUUUUUGUCCUGCCUCCUCAAGAGUUUCAGGGGGUUUAACUAAUAAAACUGAUCUGUAUGUGAACAAUAAAAUGAAACCUGUUCUUCGUCUACAGCUCCAUUUACUUGAAGCAUUACUCA